AUGAGUCCCUCAAUGCCAACGAACUCCCAGAAGCGGAAGAUUAUCAUCUUCUCCGACUUCGAUGGUACAAUCUUCAUGCAAGAUACCGGCCACAUCCUCUUCGACAGCUUCGGCUGCGGCGCCGAGGAGCGCAACAAGUUGGACGAGCAGAUCAAGACUGGCGAGCGAUCCUUCCGUGAAGUCUCCGAGGAGAUGUGGGGAUCCUUGAACGUCCCCUUCGAGGACGGUUUCGUCGUGAUGGAAAAGUCGCUCGAGAUCGACCCGGGAUUCCGCGAGUUCCACCAGUACUGCAUUGAGAAUGGCUUCCCCUUCAAUGUCAUCAGCGCUGGCUUGAAACCUGUCUUGCGUCGGGUGUUGGAUGCUUUCCUCGGCGAGAAGGAGGCUGCCGCCAUUGACAUUGUCGCCAACGAUGCCAUCAUCGACGGCUCCCAAUGGAAACCCGUCUGGCGUCAUGACAACGAGCUGGGCCACGACAAGGCCCUCUCCGUCAACGAGGCCCGUGCCCGUGCCCAGUCCGAAUGUCUACCCGACGAGAUGCCCCUGAUCGUCUUCAUCGGUGACGGUGUCUCCGAUCUGGCCGCUGCCCGCGAGGCCGACGUGCUCUUUGCCCGUCGCGGUCUCCGUCUCGAGGAGUACUGCCAGGAACACAAGAUUCCAUACACCCCCUUCGACACCUUUGCCGAUAUCAAGCGUGAGAUCGAGUCCAUCAGCCGUGAAGAUCAACGCAAGACCGGUGGUGUCGGUAAGCCCGUGCGGUACAACCCGCGCGCCAACUUGUGGCGUCGCAUUUCCUCCAAGGAAGCGGUCCCCACUCUCAUGGCUACUGCUACUCCCUCCAAGGAAGAAAAGAUGUUCCUUUGGCCCGAGACUUUCUCCGAGUUGAAGCCCCAAGCGACAAUCCAGGAAACCGAGGAGCCCGUUACCGCCAUCUAA